AUGGCGUGCACGAGUAGUGAGGAAUCGGGAAUCGGUAGGAUGCACGCUUCUGAUGCUAUUCUCAUGUGCAUUGAUGAUCGGAAAGGCCGAUGGCUCCUCGAUCCAUUAAAGCUAUCAGCUAACCUAUCACACUCACAACCAUCGAGUAAAGGCUUUACUUGCAUAUAUCAAAUCUCCAUAUUCGACUCACCAAGUAACAUGGGUUCUAUCGUAUCUGCAAUUGGCCGCGGACUCAUCGCGAUUAUCAGUGCUAUCGCAGCUGUAAUCGAGACUAUUAUCUCUGCCAUCGUCGGUGUUAUUGUUACCAUCUUUUACGUCAUCGAGGACAUUCUGUGCUGCCGCUGCUUUGGUGGGCGCUCACGAUCCAGAAGAGGCGGUUAUGGUAGUAGGUACGGCGGAAGGGGCUUCGGGCGCUCCAGGAGGGGCGCUGCAACUGGAGGAGGAGGAAUGUAUUGA